AUGGAAGAAGAAGUAAGACAUUUGUUUCAAGCUGAUUAUGAAGCAAUUGAUCUUGAAUGGGAAGUUAUUUAUGAUGAUGAUCAACAAAUAGAAGGACAUACUGAUCUAUUUGGUGGUGUUCUUAGUCAAUCGGAUGAAGAAGAAACAUCACAGAAAGGUUUAUCAUAGAUUAACUCAUUUCAAAUAAAACGCAAAUAAACAGACUAAAUAGAUCUACAGAUCAGAAUAUAUCACAGGAUCGUUUUCUUCAUUCUGCCUUACAUUCUAUAGGACAUUUUCACUCGCUCAUCCUCUUCUGCAAGACCUAGGAUAGAACAUAAAAAAGUUCCUUCUUCGAGGACACAUCUUACAAGACAGAAGAUCUUUCUACAUCUAACCUUCAAGAUGAUCUUUUUGUUACUUUUUUCAAAAGGAUAUUAAUCUUAUCUAUAUAUAACAUAUGAUGUCAAAUAUCAUAGAUCCUUUAGUGAUACAAAAAAUCAUUCACAAUAAUCAUCUUAAUAGAUCUUAUCAGAUGUUAUCCAGCAGAAAUGAAAUAAACAAUAAAAAAUAUAUUUGGCAUUCAUAAGGAGAGUAAAACAAUAAUAAAACAAACAUAAAGAUGCAAGAUUCAAUAUCUAAUUAAUAUAAACAGAUGGACAACGAGAAAGGAUAAAUCUUGUUUUUAUUACUUUUUAUUCAAUUUAUCAUAACAACGAAUCAAUCAUCUUCUCAAUCUGAUUUUAUGAUAAAUCUCUUCAUCUUUGAAUAACAUUUCAAUCCAGUUGAGCUAAAUUAUCUUUCCACUGAACGUACUAGUCACUAGUACAGUAUGUACUAGACCAGAACUUUAUACAUAGGACAUCUUGGAUCAGGAUUCGACAUUUUGCUGGAAGAAUUCGCCCUAGACAACUCUUCAGAUAGAUCUUGACGAGCUCUAUCCGAUGGAUACCUUACUUUUCCGAUUUGAUCCCUCCUUCCUACAGAAAACCUUCAAUUAAUGACAAAAUAGCUAGCUGAUUCAUAUCUGCCUGAUGCAAUUCGGUCAGAUGCACUCUCCAAGUUCGAGACACACCUAUUCGGAUAGAUCUUGACGAGCUCUAUCCAAUUGACACCUUACCAUUUCGACUUUGCCACCCCAUUACACAGAAAACCCAUCAUUUUAUCUCAACUCACCAAUUCCAAGCAUCCGACCUGGUGCAAUGUAUCAGCAAUACUCUUCCACUUCGAAACAUAGCUCUCCAUAUAGAUAUCGAUGAGCUCUAUUCAGUGGACACCUUAUUUUUUCGAUUUACCCAUUCCUUCAUAGAGGUAACCUGCAAUUAGUACCAGAUUAGGAAAUCAGCUAACCCACAGCUAUAUAUCCACACUCAAAAAGGUUGAAAUGUUGUUUUUCUUUGUAGAUUUAAAUCCUACGAGCUGGUCGAACGUCGAAAUUCUAAUAUAAUAUUGUAAUUCAUUAUUGUAAUAUACUGUUACAAGACAGUUGAUGAUUUUUUAGGUAAUUUGGAUGAGAUAGAUAUGUAUGAAAAAUAAAUUUCAUGUGUAUUUUGUGGGGUGUGGGUCGGUGUGGGUGUGGGUGUGGGUGGGUGUGGUGGGUGUGGGUGUGAGUGUGGGUCGGUGUGGGUGUGGGUGUGGGUGGGUGUGGGUGGGUGGG